UGUCCAACCAAAGCCUCCUGUGGUACAACUUGUGGCCAUUUGUCUCGGAGCAGGGGAGAAGGAAGGGAAAUAAAACUCACAGAGCACGUAGAAAGCACAGCCAACCCUGCGCCUGAGCAGCGCGGCGCUUCUCUGCUUCCCGCUGCUGAUUCGUUCACCUGUCCCAUUUUAUUAUCUUCACAUGUCAAUUUUAUAUUUUGUGUUUGACAAUGCAAAAUAAAUUUAAAAAAUGAAAUUUGACAUAGCUUACUGUUUAUCUCCAGUGUUUUAUUACUGAGGGUUUACCUCACUGACACUGAACUUGGUGUUUUCGAGCAGCGGAGGAGAUGGAACCAGUUAAAAGAUGAGGAAUUUUGGCACUGUUGAGAUAACAAAUAAAGUAACUGGGCCUGGCACUGCAGGCUGAAUGGAUAUGAAUUGUGUGAGAUGUAAGACCUGUGAGCUAGGACCUGAAUUUCAGCCAUCAAAAUGACCAGAAAACAUGAAGCUUCUGGGAUAGCCAAGAUAUGCAUCAAAUACUGACACCUCAGUCAUUUGAGUGGCACCCAGGGGUAUAAAAGGCAGUUUAUAGGAGUAUAAAUGAGUUUACAAGACUGCAAGCUUUGGUGCAGCUGUGGCAGCGGAAGCUUUUUUGGAAGCUGAGGCAGUGACAGCUUUUCAGAAGAUAUCAGAAAGAAUACAGAAAUGGCUGUUGGAGUUCUGUUUGCAGAUGAUAUUACAUAGAAGAUCCGUGGCUGAAAUAUUCUUCCAACUCGACAUAAAUAUUUCGUAGCAAUGUUCUGUAGAUCAUACAAAUCAAAAUUCAGUGUUUAUUUUUUUCUGUAUGCUUAAUCCCGCUUUUUACAUAGGGUUAUUUAUUAACACUCUGUAAACAAAGCAUUGUAUAUUUAUUUGUGUCGUUCAGAUGAGAAUCUUACUUUUUUUCCAAAAUGGAAAGCCACCUAUUGCUUUGUAUUUUAUUAUUGAUUCCUGCCUUUGCAUCAUCAGACUUUUUGGUAACACAUGUCAGAAACAUUAAGAAGCGAAAUUCUGAUAAUGACUGGGUUGUCAACGGGAUAGAAAUAUAUAAAAUGAAAAUUGAUAGUAAAGUAACUUCCCGAUUUGCCCACAAUGUCAUCACCAGUCGAGCCGUCAAUCAUGGAAAUGCACACAAAGAAGUCUUCUUCGAUGUCGAGCUCCCUAAGACAGCCUUCAUUACCAACUUCAGCAUGACAAUUGAUGGCAUCACUUAUCCUGGAAAUAUAAAAGAAAAAGAAGCUGCCAAGCGGCAGUAUGAGAAAGCUGUUUCAGCAGGACAGACUGCUGGUCUUGUCAAGGCUUCGGGAAGGAAAACAGAAAAAUUCACUGUUUCAGUCAACAUUGCAGCAGGCAGUAAAGUCACUUUUGAACUCAUAUAUGAAGAACUACUGAAGAGACAAUUUGGAAAAUAUGAGAUGUUCAUCAAAGUAAAACCGAAGCAGCUUGUCAAAGAUUUUGAGAUCGAAGUAAAUAUCUUUGAGCCACAAGGUAUCAGUGAGCUGGAAGCAGAAGGAACAUUCAUCACCAAUGAUCUGCAAAAUGUCAUAAAGAAAACUUUCUCACAUAAAAAGGGGCAUAUCUCUUUCAAGCCAACUCUUGAUCAACAACGAACCUGUGAAAAUUGCUCACAGUCACUCUUGGAUGGAGAUUUUAUUGUUAAAUACGAUGUAAAGAGAACAACUCCAGAUAAUCUGCAGAUUGUCAAUGGCUACUUUGUGCACUUCUUUGCACCAACAAAUCUUCCAAAGUUGCCCAAGAACAUUAUUUUUAUAAUAGAUAUUAGUGGCUCAAUGAGUGGAAGAGAAAUACAACAGACAAGAGAAGCACUUCUAAAAAUCUUAGAUGAUAUUAAAGAAGAUGACCACUUCAAUUUCAUACUGUUUGGUAGCAAUGUACACACCUGGAAGGAAACAUUAAUCAAAGCCACUCCUGAAAAUUUGGAUGAAGCAAGAAAGUUUGUUCGGGGCAUUGAUACUGAAGGCUUGACAAAUUUAUAUGGUGGUAUAAUGAAAGGAAUUGAUAUGCUGAAUGCUGCUCAUGAAGGAAACCUUGUUCCCAAGAGAAGUGCUUCAAUAAUUAUCAUGUUAACAGAUGGCCAACCAAAUGUAGGCAUAUCAAAUACUCAGGACAUUCAGACACAUGUGAAAAAAGCCAUUGAAGGAAAAUAUACUUUAUACAAUCUUGGUUUUGGUUAUGGUGUUGAUUACAACUUCUUGGAGAAGAUGGCACUGGAAAAUAAAGGAUUGGCCCGUCGAAUUUAUCCUGACUCUGAUUCAGCUUUACAACUCCAGGGUUUUUAUGAUGAGGUGUCCAAUCCUAUGCUAAUGGAUGUGGAAUUAAACUACCCAGAAAAUGAAAUUGCAGACGUAACUAAAAACAGCUUUAAGCAUUUCUAUGAUGGGUCUGAGAUUGUGGUGGCUGGGCGCCUUAGAGACAUCAACCAAAACAGUUUGACAGUAGAUGUGACAGGUGAAGGUGCUAAUGAUGCCCUAUCAUUUACUUCACAACAAGAUAAGGAGCAAACAGCUAAAGCUUUCCAAGAACAGGAAUAUAUAUUUGGAGAUUUCAUUGAAAGGCUUUGGGCUUAUCUCACCAUUGAACAACUCCUGGAAAAACGCAUUUCAGCUACGGGAGAAGAAAAGGAGAAUCUUACAGCUGAAGCCCUGGAUCUAUCACUAAAAUACAAAUUUGUGACACCACUGACGUCCAUGGUGGUAACAAAGCCAGAAGAAGACGAAAAUCAAGCAGCGAUUGCUGAUAAACCUACUGAAGCUGAAGCUCAGGCUGCCCCAGUAGCACAGGCUUCACCAGUACACUAUGUACAUGCAUCAAGCCCUACAUGGCAUACUAGUGUUGAUGGAGAUCCACACUUCAUUAUAUCAGUGCCACAAAAACAAGACGCCAUUUGUUUCAAUAUUAAUGAAAACCCAGGUGCUGUGUUAAGAUUGAUAAAUGAUCCAGUUACAGGCAUCACAGUAAAUGGAGAACUCAUUGGUGACAAGAAAGUAAAUAAUGAUGCAAAGAUCCAAAAUACAUAUUUUGGAAAACUUGGCAUUGCAAACAAGCACCUGGAUUUAAAAGUGACAGUAACUCCUGAAAAGAUCACUCUUCAGAAAGAGACUGGAAAGACAACUUUCACCUGGCUUGACUCGGUCACAUUUCAACAAGAAAGUUUAACUUUGAUAAUUAACAAGAAAAAAAGUCUGGUGCUCUCAAUGGGCAGCGGAGCAUCAUUUGUUAUAGUUUUGCACCAAGUAUGGAAGAAACAUCCUCUGCACAAGGAUUUCUUAGGACUGUAUACAUUGGAAAGUCAUAAACUGUCUGAACAGACACACGGAUUAUUAGGACAGUUUUUCCACCCCAUUGACUUUACCAUACUUGAAAUUCAUCCUGGAUCUGAUCCCAAGAAACCAGAUGCCACAAUGAUAUUUAAAAACAAAGAACUGAUAGUAACAAGGGGCUGGCAGAAGGAUUACAGAAGAGAUCCUGAGCAUGGCAUUGAUAUCCCUUGCUGGUUUGUUCAUAACAAUGGAGCUGGGCUAAUAGAUGGUGCUCAUACGGACUACAUUGUUUCCAGUCUGUUUUAAACAACACCACCGUCCAAAGUCAUGGGGACACAGAGCAUUUUUUCUGAAAUAAUAGUACUUUUCACUGUUGAAGAAGUGUUAAAAAUACAUAAUCUCACCAUGUACGACAGUGCCAAGAUAGAACAGAGUCAGAUCUUGAGAGGGAAACUGCAAUUCUGCCUGUGUGCACAGAUAUCCCCAAUCACCUAGCAUAUUCUUCCAAUUUUUAAUUAGUAGCUGUGUGUCAGGAGCAAUUUAAA